GCCCGGAAGCGGACGGGGGCGGCGGCGGAGGCGGAGGCGCCUCGGGCCGGCCGGGCUGGUGGCGCCGUCCUCGUCCUCGCUGGGGCUCCUGCGGCCCGCGGUGCGGCAGCCAUGCACCCCCCGCCCCCGGGCCCGCUGGGCGACUGCCUGCGGGAGUGGGAGGACCUGCAGCAGGACUUUCAGCGCAUCCAGGAGACCCACCGGCUGUACCGCCUGCAGCUGGAGGAGCUGACCAAGCUGCAGGACAACUGCACCAGCUCCAUCUCUCGGCAGAAGAAACGGCUCCAGGAGCUGGCCCUCGUCCUCAAGAGAUGCAAACCCUCCCUCCCAUCUGAGGCCGGGCGCGCCGCGCAGGAGCUCGAGGGCCAGAUAAAGGAGCGCCAGGGCCUCUUCUUCGACAUGGAGGCCUACCUGCCCAAGAAGAACGGGUUGUACCUGAGCCUGGUCUUGGGAAACGUCAACGUGACCCUCCUGAGCAAGCAGGCCAAGUUUGCCUACAAAGAUGAGUACGAGAAGUUCAAACUCUACCUCACCAUCAUCCUCAUCCUCAUCUCGUUCACCUGCCGCUUCCUGUUCAACUCCAGGGUGACCGACGCCGCCUUCAACUUCCUGCUGGUCUGGUACUACUGCACGCUGACCAUCCGCGAGAACAUCCUCAUCAGCAACGGCUCGCGGAUCAAGGGCUGGUGGGUCUUCCAUCACUACGUGUCCACCUUCCUGUCUGGAGUCAUGCUCACGUGGCCCGAUGGUCUCAUGUAUCAGAAGUUCCGGAACCAGUUCCUGUCGUUCUCCAUGUACCAGAGCUUCGUGCAGUUCCUGCAAUACUACUACCAGAGUGGCUGCCUGUACCGCCUGCGCGCCCUGGGCGAGAGGCACACCAUGGACCUGACCGUGGAGGGCUUCCAGUCCUGGAUGUGGCGGGGCCUCACCUUCCUGCUGCCCUUCCUCUUCUUCGGACACUUCUGGCAGCUUUUCAACGCCGUGACCUUGUUCCACCUGGCCCAGGACCCUCAGUGCAAGGAGUGGCAGGUGCUCAUGUGCGGCUUCCCCUUCCUCCUGCUCUUCCUGGGCAACUUCUUCACCACGCUGCGGGUUGUGCACCAGAAGUUCCACAGCCAGCGGCGCGGGCGCAAGGAGCGCUGAGGCCGGCCCCAGCGGGGCCUCUGUCCCGUGUCUGUGCGCCCCGGGGAGGGCCUGCUCUGGGCCCCAAUAAAGGCAGAGAGGCACGGAGGCGGCGUGCGCUGUGU